GCUUGUGUGUCGUCAAUUAUCAUAAUGUCUGUUAAUAAUUAAAAUGCCUAAUCAGUGUUGUUAUGUAUGCGGCAAAAUAUUUUCAAAUGCAUCAAGUUUAAGGCGACAUGCAAGAAAUUUUCACAAAGAUGCAGCGGAUGAAAUCGCCCCAAACUUGUACAAAAAUUCCACGAAAUAUAAUUUCAAUUGUCAGUGUGAUAUACAAAACAAAAUUACCAGGUACUUGAAAGAUAUGAAUUGUCCUACGAAACUUCAAAUAAUUAAAAAUAUAUUAGCAAAUAUAUAUUUCACCUACAUUAGCUGUAAAUUCGUCCAGCAAUUUAUUCGCAUCAACAACUUCCUAUAUUAGAACUCCACAUAAUAAGAAAAUUACGCCACAGAGAUCACUCUUUUCAACAAAAAAGAAAAGUUGCAAAAAGACGAAAAAUUGGACGCGCCCGGCAGAAGAUGAUGCA